UCUGACCUUGUUAGUUGUCUGGAAGAACUGGUUAAUUCCCGCGAGAAUGCCACUCAUCCCAGUGUGGAAGUUAUCAUCCUCGAUGGCUCUGUCAUUGUAAACAUGCUUCGACCAGGUUCAGCAAAAACUUUCUCGGAUUAUGCUUCGCAAGUUUUUCUUCCAUACGUAGCGUCCCAGCUGCAGCAAGCAAGUAGAAUUGACAUCGUUUGGGAUGAGUACCGCCCUGACAGUUUGAAAGCUGAAACGAGGGUUAAGAGAGGAAAGGGAGUUCGAAGACGCGUAGAGGCUUCAACACCAAUUCCAGGAAACUGGCAAGAGUUUUUGCGCACUUAUGAAAACAAAGUGGAACUGUUUAGUUUUCUAGCAAAUAGAGUACAUGCAUCGAAACCGAAAAGCAAGUUCUCAGCACUAUUCAGUCUGAUAUAGCUUGCAAUCAGUCAAGAAAUGUUUCGAGGCUUACCCCAUGUACACGCGAAGAAGCAGAAACCAGGAUCAUCUUGCACUUGAAGGACGCUCACUGAAGGAUUUAACAAAAUAUCCAUUCGUACCGUUGACACCGUUGCAGUGGUUUUGGCUGUGGCAGCAGCUCAGCGCCACGGAAACACUGAAAUCUGGAUCGCUUUUGGUACAGGAAAGAGUUUCCGCUUUUUGGCCGCUCAUGAUAUGGCUAGAGUACUGGGACCAGACCGAUGUACUGCCUUGCCGAUGUUCCACGCCUUCACUGGGUGUGACACUGUUUCAUUUUUUGGAGGAAUAGGUAAAGGAACUGCCUGGGACACGUGGAGAUCCCACAACGAUAUCACAUCGAUAUUCGUCUCUUUGGCAAACACCCCAGAGUCUGUGGAGAGCUCAGUUACAUCACUGGAGCGAUUUGUGAUUUUGCUGUAUGAUUGCACCAGCAGCCUAGAAGACAUCAAUCAGGCCAGGAAACACCUCUUUGCGCAAAAAGGCAGGUCGAUCGAAAACAUUCCACUGACGAAAGCAGCCCUUGUACAGCACAUCAAGCGGGCAGUCUAUCAAACUGGUUAUUGCUGGGCACAAGCGACGACUUCAAGCCCUGAUCUCCCAUGCCCUAGUAAAUGGGGAUGGAAAAGAAAGGAGCCAUGCAGCUGGGAAGCCAACUGGACCUCACUGCCAGAAGCAAAGGUGGCCUGCAGAGAACUUUUGAGAUGUGGUUGCAAGAAAGGUUGCAAAGAGAACUGCAAAUGCUCAAAGGCUGCUCUGCAGUGCACAGCUCUAUGUCAAUGUGGUGGACAAUGCACUGAGAACUAG